CCUGCGACCAGGGCGGGCUGAUUCCCCGAAACAACCUCUUCAAUUGGCCAUCGUCCCAACCAGGCCCCCAAAGCCCCCAAGUGUCUUAGACCCAACAGCUCAGACGCAGACGGCACAGAAACAUGCGGCAUGCUUUGCUGUGCCACCCCAACGGGCACAAGGAGCACUUGGCCCCCCCUCCUCCCCGCUUAAAUGUCCUGGGGGUCACCUGAGAACUUACUUGAUCUGUUCCUUCGGUUUUACACCAGACCGAACUGGACCAGGUAGGACGCCGAACUCUGAUCCACCAUGGCCACCGACGCGAGAGAUGUAGAGGAGAACCUGAAGCUUGACGAGAACCUCCUUGCCGCCCUCCCAGAAGGCGGCGAGGUGGUUUCGGUCAAGCCGUCAGGGAUGAGCGACUACUGCAACACCUACCGUAUCGAGGUGAAGAUGCCGGAUGGCAGCUCCCAGGUCUUUUUUGAAAAGGAAGGAUCGGGCGAGAGUGGCCGAGGAUGCGUGGAAUCGGCUUGGAGGUCCGAGUCUGCUGCCUACGAGUUCAUUCCUGAGCAUGUUCCGCGUCCAGUCGCCACGGGUACCUACAAGUCUCAGCAGGAAAAGUAUUUCUUCCUCGCCGAAUUUAUCGACAUGAUCGAGGACGACAUUCCCCGUGAGGAUUCCUACAUGGCCGCUAUUGCCGCGCUUCACAGUCGUAGCAUGGGCAAGUCGCCAACAGGCAAUUUCGGAUUUCCCGUCAACACGCGCUUCGGCGACCUCGAGCAGGACAACACCUGGUCGGCGAGCUGGGAGGAGUUUUGGACGAGGCAGAUGAAGGACUUCCUCGAUAAGGAAGAUGCUGCCCACGAUGGGGAACCACACGAGGAGCUUGACCGGCUGCGUCCGCUAUUCUUCGACAAGGUAUUGCCUCGAUACUUGCGUCCACUCGAGAGCGACGGCCGUUCGGUAAAGCCGUGCUUGAUCCAUGCCGACCUCUGGCCGGGAAAUGUCAAGUACAAGAGCGACGGCGAGACGGCGUGCGUCUAUGAUGCCUGUGCCAUGUGGGCUCAUAACGAAGUCGACCUCGGCGUUUUUCGCAACCCGAGAUACCCGCUCGGCAAACCGUACCUGAAAGAGUACUGGAGGCGCGUUCCGAUUUCGGAGCCCGAGGAAGACGCUGACAGCCGGAACACCCUUUACAUGCUCAGGGGCCAGAUCUUGCUGUCCAUUCUGUACCCCCACGACCCAAAGCUGCGGGAGAUUUUCGUGAGCAACAUGCGCCUCUUGGUGGAGCGGGUACAAGAGGAGCAGGCUGCCCCAGUGCAGUUCCGGCUGUAGAUUUGUUUUCUUGGUGGCUGGCGCUCAGUCGUGCUUCAAGUGCCUAAAGCGACGAGGUGUUCAAGGGUGACCGGAUGGAGUAUAUCUAAU